AGCCAAGACAAGUAUUGUCCUGUACGAACCUAUUAAACCUUAGAGUUUGUGGUUGAAAAAAAAGCGAGAUAACUGAUAAAUAAAAUAAGAGUAAAAGAGAUAAAUUGUUGAAAAUUAAAAGAAAUAUGUGAAUUCUUGGUGAGGUCACGCGAUAAAUCUCAUGUUUCGCGGGUCAAUCGUCGAGGACGGGUCAUGGCGUAUGUCAAUGUUGCCGAAUGGAAAACUGAACAAAUUUGUGAAUGGUUAAAAGGUCUUGAUAAUUCAGUUCUUCCUUAUGUGCAUAGUUUUACAAAUAACAAAGUUAAUGGACAACAAUUAUUGAGUUUACGACCAGAGGAUUUAGAACAACUUGGUGUUAUUAAAUUUGGUCAUCAAGAAAUAUUACUUGAAGCUGUUGAAUAUUUACGUAAUUUUCAUUAUGAAUUAGAUCGUGAAAAUUUACAAUUAUUAGCAUUACGUUUAUCAUGUCAAUCACAUAGUUUAUAUAAUGAAUUAUCAAAACAAAAUGAUUCAAAACCAGUUACAACACAAACAUUAUCUGAUGUUGUUGGUGUUGUUAAUGCUGUUAAACCUCUUGUUAGAUGGCUUGAUAGACCACCAUUUAGUGGACAAUUAGAAUACAAUGAUAAAAAAACACAAUUAUUAAAAUUAUCAAUUGAAAUGUCAAUGUGUGCACAGAGAGAUAGAUUUGCUGAUAAACCAAUUGAAGAAAUACGUACAACAUGUGAAGAAUUGGGUAAUUUAGCUGAUUAUAUUAUUCAAGAUAUUGCUGAUCCAAUGAUAUUACAACCAUCAAGUUUGGACCUAGCAACAUUAAAAAAACGUCCUGGUGAUGAUUUGGGUUUUUAUAUAUUGCCUUCUUUUCAUGGUACUCAUCAAAUUGCUGAAAUAAAAUUUGGCUCAGUUGCUCAUCAGUGUGGUAAAAUGGAAGAAGGUGAUGAAAUUGUUCAGGUUAAUUAUCAAACAGUUGUUGGAUGGGAAAGAAAAAAUGUACUUGAAUUAUUUAAUGAAAGUCCAGCUGAAGUAUUAUUGACACUUAAACGUCGUCCAAGACAUACAAAAGUUUAUGGACAAAUUUACAUAAAACCAUAUAGAUUACCAAGUAAUAAAAAAACUCCAUAUGCUACAAGAUGGCAACAUAAUUUACCAUCACCAAGACCAGAAUUUUUAACAAUUCCAGAUUUUACAAUGCCAUUACCAAGACAUAUACCAAAAGAUCCAACACCAGAACCAAAAUCUAUAAUAAACACAGUUGAUAUGUUGGAUACAAUUGCAACAGAUAAUAGUAGUGAUUCAGAUAGUGAAGUUGAACAACCAUUAUCAAUACGUUUAUAUGCAUCAAAACCACGUAGUCUUGUACAACGUCGUGCAACAAUAACUGGUGCAAGUCCAAUAACUAAAAGUUCAAUUGACAUUGAAGAAUUUUGGCGUGAGUUAAAACAAGAACACAAUACAACAUUUCAUUUACGUGAUAAAGCAGCAUCCUGUGCACAUGGAUUAGAUAAUGUACAAUCGUCAAAUAUACGUCCACAAACAUGCCUAGGAAUUGAACAAACAAAACGUAAUAAUAAUAUUAAUAAUAAUAAUAAUAAUAAAUAUGAAGGUGAUAAAAAAGUUGUUAAAUUUAAUGAUAAAAUAACAGAAGUGUUACAAGAUGAUAAUAAUGAUAAAAUUAAAAAUGAAACAACAACAACAACAUCAACAAAAACUGAUGAAUUAAAUAAUUUAAAUGUCAGUAAAAAUAAUGAUGAUGAUGCCAGUGAAUGCAUUGAUAAUACUGACGAUGAAAUUAUCAGUAAUAAUAAUAAUAAUAUGGUUAAUAUUAAUGAUAAAAAUAAUAACGACAAAAGUUGUGAUAAUAGUACAGUGCCUUUGAAUAAAUCCAAUGAUAGUAAUGUUGAUGAUAUUGAUAAUAAUAAUUUAAAUAAUGAGAUAAAUAAUUCAUUACGUUGUCGUAAAGAACGUGGUAAAUUGGAUAAAAGUCACAGUACACCAGCAUAUGAUUUAACAGAUACAAUACCAGUUGAAAUAAUUGAUAUAUCACAAAAUAUAAUAAAAGUAAAUAAUAAUAAUAAUAAUAAUAUAAAUUAUAAUUGUUCAUCUAGUAUUAAUAAAAUUGUCAAGACUGAUAUUAUUAAUAUUAAAAAUAAUGAUAAUAUAUUAUUAAAUGAUGAUAAAAAAAAUGAAAAUGGUAAUGUAGCUCAAAAAAUUAAUAAUAUUGAAGAUAAAUAUCGUGAAAUGAAUAAUAAAACAUUAAUAAAUAAUGAUAUAUUUAAUGAUAAUGAUGAUAAAAAUAAUAAAGUUAAUGAAAUUAAUGAAAUUAAUGAUAUUGAUAUACAUAAAGAUCAUUGUAAUGAUGAUUCAUCAUUUAUUGAUACAAAUAGUAGUACAAAAGAUGAUGAUUUAAGUAUAUCAAAUGAAAAUUAUGAAAUGGAUAAGUUGUCAGAUAUAUGUGGUUUGAGUCGUGAAAGUAGUGAAGAAAAAUCAGAGUCAACAAGUAGUUAUAUGGAGGGAAUAUACAGUAGUAGUAGUGAAACUGACGCGCCUUUGGUGAAAUUUAAAAAUGUUAACAGUAUUUCGCUGACUGAGAAUAAUAACACAUCAUCAAAUAAUACAACAGUUGAUAUAAAAAAUAAUUCAAGCAAUGAAUUAAAUUUAAAUAAUGAUGAAAUUUUAAAAAUUAAUUCACCAUCAACAUCAAUAUCAUCAGUGUCAUCAUCAUUAUUACAAUUAAAUAAAAAAACAUUAUUGGACAAAGAGUCAAGUGAUUCAUCAGAUACAAAAAUAACAAUUUGUUUGCCAAUUGAAGAAAAAAAUGAGCCAAAAAAAUUAGAUAUAAUUAAGUUACGUUCAACACCACCAGAACCUCCACCACGUAAAUAUUUUAAUAAACCAUCACCAUUAAAUUUAAAUAUAAAUAUACCACCAGAACCACCAGAAAGACCAAAAAUACCAGAUAGAAAUGAAAUUAAAAAAGACGUUCGUAAAAUACAAAAUGAUAAUAAUAAUUAUACAGUGACAAUUAAUAAUAAUCGUGAUUGUUUUGAUGGUUAUCGUGAUUUUGUUGAAAAAUCAUUAGAUUUUAUUGAUGAACCAGGCACACCAAUUAAUGAUAAAAAAACAUCAUCAUCAUCAACAACGACAAUUGAUAAUUUUGGUUAUGCUGAAAUAAAUGAAAAUAAUUUAAAAGAAGAUAAUAAAAUUGAUAAUAAAUAUGAUAGAUUUGGAACAGGAAAUUAUAUACAAAAUCAAACGGAAAUGUCAAAUCACCGUACAAUUGAUUUAACUGAUGGUGCUGGUUGUUCACGUCAAAUACAAAAUGAAAAAUCACGUACACUUGAAAAAGAUAAACACAAUGAUAAAGGUGUUGUUAAUCGUGCAAUGAUGGUUGCAAGAAGUAUUGGUUUACAUACAAGUUCAAAAAUAUCAACAUCAUCAUCAUCAUCAGCAAGUCCAAGAAGUAGUAGAAAACGUAAUAUAAUAUUAGCUAAACGUAGAAAUGUAUCUGUUAAAGAUAUUGGACAAGGUGAUUUAGAAGGUUGGCUAACAUAUCGUAGUCGUGGUGCUGGUGGUGCAUGGGCGCGAUCAUGGUUCAUAUUAAAAGGAUCAUUAUUAUAUAGAUUUAAAAAUCAUGAUUCAAUAAAAUCUGAUUGUUUAAUAGCAUUACCUGGUUUUACAGCAUCACAAGCUGAUGAAGUUAAAUCACGUAAAUAUUCAUUUAAAGUAUAUCAUACUGGUACUGUUUUUUAUUUUGCUGCUGAUACUGAUGAUUCAUUAAUAUUAUGGCUAGAUUUUAUAAAUAAAGCAACACUUGGUGCUGAUAGUAAUAAUCGUACAAGUGGUUUAUUUAGUGAAACAGAUGAAAGUGAUAGUGAAAGUACAACUAAAAGUACUAUUAAAACAACAUCUGAAAAAGCAUUUGGUUCAUUAAAAAAACUUGGAAGAAAAGAUUCUGGUAUUAAUAAAGAACAUGAUAUUGGUGGUGCUAGUUUGGAUAGAAAAUAUUUAAGAUUUUUAGGUGCAAAAACACAAAAUGUACCUGUACCAACAGCACAAUUUCGUAGUUAUAGAAGAGUAUUACCAUCUUCAUCAUCAUCAUCGUCAUCAACACCAAACAGGAAACCAGAUAAUUCAACAAAUUCACCGGAUUUACGGGUGACUGUUGCCGGAAGUACAUUUUAUGGUUUGACAUCAUCACACAGUGCAACUGAUGUGCCAACAACUAGUCAAGACAUGGGUGAUUAUCGUCAAACAACAGACAGAUCGCAGUCAAGUCGGAGUCGUCGACCUGAUGAUCUACGUGGUUUUGUAACACUCGAAGAAUUUAUGCUAUCUCAUCAAAGUGAAGAUCGUCAAGCUGCAUUAAACAAUGCAGCAUCAUCAUCACCUCGUCAACAACAUCAACAGCAACAACAACGUAAUACAUCUUUAAAUAAUGAUCAUAUUAAUAUGAAUUAUCGUCAACUUGAUGUUGAUAAUAACAACGGUGUUGUUUAUGGUCAUUCACGUGGUUUUAGUAAUGAUUUUUCAAACAAUGGUAUGAUUUAUGGACACCCAAGAAAUGGUGAAGAAACAUUACCAACUAAUAAUCGUCAACAAUUAAAUUUAUCAUCAUCAUUAUCAUCAUCAUCGGGUUAUGGUUUUCCAAGAACACCCGAUGAUAGAACAACCCAAGAUCAUCGUUUUGUUGAAUCAAUAUAUGGUAAUCGUAGUGAUUCAGAUACAAAUUCAUUAACAAGAAAUGAUAAUCAUAGUAAUAGUAAUAAUACAAAUGAUAAUAAAUAUGAUAGAUCAAUACCAUCACCACGUAAACCAUGGGAAUCAACAACAACAUAUACAAGAAGAAUUCAAGAAGGUGCUGUUUAUUAUCCACCAAAACAAAAUGAUACAUCAUCAUCAUCGUCUUCAACAACAACAUAUGGAAAACAAGAAGCACGCUCAAGACUUGCUGAAUUAUCACAGUCACGUGAUCCACAUGGUUUAGCUGCAAAAAUAUAUUCACGUGUUGAUAAUAAAAAUGAUAAUAAUAGUAAUAAUAAUAAUCCACAAUCAUUAACACGUAGAUUUAUACGUGACAAUGGUUAUUCUGGUUCAAGUGGUGAUUUAACAUGUUGUAGUAAAUCAGAUACAUUACAACGUGCUAGAAAUGAAGCAACUGUUUGUCGUAAAGGUAGUUUUAAUUUAAAUGAUCGUAAAAAUGAUUAUAAUAAUUCACCAAAAAAAACAAUAAUUGAUAAACAAACAAAUUGGAUUGAUUCAUUAAGACGUAAUAAUAAUAAUGAUAAAAAAACAAUAACAUCAUUACAAAAAUCACGUUUAAAAACAGUUGCACAAUAUCAACCACCACCAAUACCAUUAUCACCAUUUGAACAAGAUGGUAUGAGAGCUGCAUUUGAAAUGCAUUUAGAUAAUAAUAAAAAUGAUAAUAAUGUACCACAUAAAACAUCGCGAUUAAAAAGUUUAUUUAGUAGUAAUAAAAGUCCACAAAAAUUAAAUAAUUUUGAUUAUCCAAAAGAUACACAAAAAACAUUAUUAGGAUCACCACGUUUACAUCGUGCAUUAUUUAGAGAUAAAAAUAAUACAAGUACAAAACAACAACAACAACAGCAACAAUAUCAACAAUCAAUUAUUGGUAGAUCUGGUAGUCAAAGUCCUGGUGACAGUGGUAUUAGUCAAUCUAUAAGUUCAUACAGUGGUAUAAGUCAAUCACAUACAUUGAGUCAUAGUUUUAGUUCAGUUAGUUCAGUUAGUGAUUGGAGUCCAGAUGGUAUAUCAAUGAAUUCUGGUAAAUAUACAAUGGCACAUCAAGUAUGUCAAAAAAGACCAUCAAAUGCAUCUGUUAGAAGUUUAAUGAAUCCACCAACUUUACCAUAUAUACCACCACCAACAUCACCACCACCACCAGAUGAUUAUCCUGGACUUGAGUAUCCACCAAUUUUUGAACCUGGUACUUAUUCACUAUCUGAUACAUCACUUUUACGUAAAAAAGAACAAAAAAAUAUUGAUGAUAAUGAUGAUGAUGAUGGUGGUCAUAAUAAUCAU